AUGAACGUUCGUGGAAAUCAAUGCAUUAUGUCUAUAAGAGUAUUCCUAAAAGCAGGAGAAAGUUCGCUAUCAUUUGCCAUUAAGUGGCUCAAACGGUUUGAGGCCACUACGAAGAAAAAUCAAUAUAUACAAAACGGUUGGCCACUAAAAGAUGGAAAUAAAAAAAGAAAAUAA